CCCUCUCACCGAAGCAUUACGGCGGGAGAAAUGAAGAAAAUGGCGGGAAUGUUAUUGCAGUAGUGAAUCUAUUAGAGUAUAGAUAGGAAAACCUUUGUUCUUUGUUUCAUUGCGUAUUUACACAGGAGUCAUCGGAUUUGUCUGUUUUACAGAUCUUCUUUCUCUCCAUAGAAAUGGCGAAAAAGAAGAAAUCUAGGGUUUCUGAAGAAAACAAAGAACACCAAACCCAAGAGGAUGAUGCAACCCAGUCUUCGACAAAACAGAAGAGCUUGUAUGAGAUUCUUGGGGUGGAGAGGACAGCAUCUAAACAGGAAAUAAAGAAAGCGUAUUACAAAUUGGCAUUGCGUCUUCAUCCGGAUAAGAAUCCUGAUGAUGAGGAAGCCAAAGAGAAAUUUCAGCAACUCCAAAAAGUGAUAUCAAUUCUUGGAGAUGAAGAGAAAAAGGCACUUUACGAUCAGACUGGUUGUGUUGAUGAUGCUGACCUUGUUGGAGACGUUGCUCAAAAUCUACAUGAAUAUUUCAAAACAAUGUACAAGGAGGUCACUGAGGCUGAUAUUGAAGAGUUUGAAGUGAACUACAGAGGAUCGGAUUCAGAGGUGAAGGAUUUGAAGGAUCUCUAUCAGAAAUACUUGGGUAAUAUGAACAGGCUUUUCUGUUCAAUGCUCUGUUCGGAUCCUACGCUGGAUUCACAUCGAUUCAAGGAUAUCCUGGAUGCUGCAAUAGCAGCUGAAGAGCUGAAGGAAACCAAAGCCUAUCGCAAGUGGGCGCAGAAAGUUUCUGAAACACCACCACCUACUAAUCCUCUUAAACGGAGGAGGGAAAGCAGAUCGAAAGAACAGGCAGGUGCAGAUCUAUUUUCUGUCAUUUCUCAGCGCCGAAGCCAGAGGAAAGAACAGUUCGAUUCUAUGUUCUCUUCAUUGGUGGCAAAAUACAAUGGGGGUCCGUCGAAUCCUGAACCCACUGAAGAAGAAUUUGAGGCUGCAAAGGAAAGGAUUGAAAGUCGAAAGUCAACAAAAAAAGCAAGACGCAAGUGAACAACCAGUAACAGUCUGUAGGAGUACCUUAUGCUCUAGGGAAAUGUGUAAUUUCUGUUGUUCUCAUGAGAAACUACCCAUUGUUUAAAUUAUCUUUCUGACAACAUGGGCAGACAUUUUUGUUUUUGUGCUUUCUUUGUUACAUAGAUGUCUUAUUACAGUUCAUGCUCCCAUAAUCCUCACUUUGGUACUGCUUGCUCCUUAAAUGUAAGGGGCUGCCCACAAUCUUUAUUAUCUCUUAGAAACUACAUAAUCUAAUAGACCAGAAUUGAAUAGAAUUAAAGC